GUGUCCACACUGAACAUCCACGAUGAUGGGGACUAUUUUGUUUCUCUUGUUUCUGGGGAUUCCUCUCUACCACACAGAGGAGCAUACUGUUAAUGAGCUCUACACCCUGAUAGAGAAAGGGCAGAGCAGCUUUGUGGAUCCAGCUCUGAGCAACCAGAGUCGGCAGCUGGUCAAAGAGUCCUCCCUGCCCAUCAACGAGCUCCUGGAGAAGAGCGGCAAGACUGUCGAGUCCAAGUUCUCCCUCCACCCUCUGCCACCAGCUGUGUGGCCCAAGCACAGCGACCUGGCCCCCAUACCUCGCCACCACACUCCCCACAACAAGAGCAAGAAGGGCCCCAAGAACGAUCGUCUGCUGGAGCACAACAGCGAGAAAGCCAGGGGCGAAGUAGCCGGCCUGCUCCCAAAACCCCCGCUGACAGGAGCCACAGCUGCUGCUGCUGCUGCUGCUUCCACCAACCGCACCAUACAGAAGAGCAGCCAGGAUGCCCAGUCUCACAUCAGCCCUCCACAGCACAGUGAACCAGAGGGACACCCCAACUCCAGGCCCAGGGGUCCGCCCCUGCACACGCAGCCCCAGGCCCAGCCUCAGCAACCCGCCCCGUCUCCAUGGAGAGAUCACCCCAACCGGCGACUGGACCCAGAGGAGAACCGGCCGGGCAAGUCCAGUCUGUAUCAGUCAGGUAUCAGUGCAGCAGCCCGGAACAACAGCCGCCCGCCUGUCGUCUUCAACCGGCGCUCCUCCAGCCUGCUGUACCAGUUUGACAUCCUGAGGCGAGAGUCUGACUUCACACAUGAUGCCUUCUGCAUGAGCGAGUGCAGGAAGGAGAAGGAGGAGAAAGAGUAUUACUGUUACAGUGAGUUUGCUGUGAACGGGAUAGUUCAUGACAUUGAGGUGCUGCGUAAAGGAAUAUGGCUCAUCACACUGAUGGUGAGCAGCGACGGUUUCUACAAGAUGAGUCGUCUCUACGUGACCCCGGACAGCUUCUUCUUCAAAGUUCGCCUGCUGGUCCUGGACACGUUCAAGUGCAGCAAAUCCUGCCCCGAUAUCAAACUUGGGACCAGAUACAUUAUAAUGGGGCAGAUCUACCACCGGAGGCGCCACCUUCCCAGUGACCUCCUGAACCUGCUGGGGGGUAAACUGAAGCCCGGCGACGGCCUCCUGCGGAGCAACAACUACGUCAAGAGAUUCAACAAGCGGAGACACCAGAAAGCCCUGGAGGCCACCCGCACCAGGUGUAGGUGAACAAAACGAGAGAAAAAGAGACAAUCGCCCCCUGCUGCAGGGGAAGAGACACUGCAGCUUACGCGAACUGAUCGUAACUAGCCCCUCAGUGUUGUGCAAGAGAGAGGACGUUUUGCAGAAGGCAUGGAUUUACUUUCAUAAGGACUGCUCUAAUGUACCAUUAAGUAACAGAAUGUUUUUGAGACACUGAGGUAUGUUUUCUCUUUUUCAAUAUUGUGGGCUUUUAUUUUAUUUUAUUUUAUUCGUCUGUUUAAUAAUCCAGUGUUUGUCAUGAGAAUCGAAAAGAAAGAUCACAUCAGAACCAUCACACGAACACAUACAUGAUCAUUGCAACACUUCAGACAAACAUGUUGGAUUUUCAAAACUCACAGAUGCUCACUUUUAGUAUUUUAGUAAAUGUCGGAACCUUGGAUCUCGUCACACAUCCUUUAAAUCUCACCGAUCCCUUUAACUAAUGUAUGAUGCUUCUUCAUUGAUAUGAAUGCAUUGUGUUGUAUUGCACUGAAUAGUAUUGUUUUGUAACACCCAAUCCUGUGCACGUCGUCCCUGUGGUUGUUAUUGGUAAACAGGAAAGGGACUAUUAUUGUUACAAUGACCAAAGGGAGGGAUUGAAAGGCCUUAAAAAAGCAACAACCAACCCCAGUGGAGGAGGAAAAGGGAGAGAGAGCACAGGACCUUUGCUUGAGAGCGGCUUAUUUUUCUAACUUUAAUUAUGUGUCCAUGAUGAAAUGUCUACCCGAGUAGACGAGGACAUCAAACAAGCCCACGCUGAAUGAGGAAGGGGCGUGUUGUUGUAGGGACUAAGCCAUAAGUGUAAUCACAGGAAUCUGAUCCUCACCGCACCUGGACACAUGACGCAGAAAAGUGCUUCCAUCACGGCUCCUCUUUGGGAUGUUGGUCUUGUUUUCUUGACUACACACAAACACAUGCUCCUUUGGGAAUGGCCGGAGCAGCUCAGAAGUGGCAUUUAAAGUAUUUAGGUAAGAUCAGAGGAAAGAGGAGGGCAGUGACGAGAUGGAGGAAUAAAGAGGGUUAUGUAGAAAUGGCACAGGGUGGGGAUUCAGGCAGGAGCGGGGAUGUUGGGUCUGUCUGUCCUGAGCAGAAGAAGCUUCUUAUUUAAUCAGAAAUCUUGAUUGUAGAACCACGCUGAGCUUGUGCUUCUUAUGAAAGGAAAAAUAUUUGCACUGAAUGCUUCAAUUGUUUCUCAAUACACAAACCCAAUAAAAAUGUGUAUUUGU